CAACCGUUGUGACGAUCCCAACCAGACCAUUUCAAGAAAGCACCUUAUCUACCAUCUACUACCUAUCUGGGUAGUACCUCGUCUACUGCCUUAUCUGCACGACCUCCGCAUCCCCCACCCCGCUUUUACCUCCAUCCCCUCUACAUAUCCUCCAACGAUGCUCCCAUCCAGCUCUUCAACAGCAAACAUCCUCGUCCUGCUGCUCAUCAUCACAGCAAGCCAGAGCCAUGCCCAGAGCUCCGCCCAUCAUCGAUUUCGCGGGGUUCCACACCCCCGACCCUAUCCUCAAAUCCACCUUCCUCAAUCAGAUCCGCCAAGCCUGUCAAGACCACGGCUUCUUUCAGAUCACAAACCACGGCAUCCCGGACGCUAUCCAGGCUUCUAUCCUCUCUCAGGCGCACGAUCUGUUUAGUCUGCCGCUCGACGUGAAGGAGAAGUAUAGCAUGGACCGGCGGACGGGGCCGAUGAUAACAGACGCUGGCCCCUCAAACCGCGGCUACGAGCGCUUCCGAGCACAAAACUUCGAGAAACGAGGCCCCGGCGAUCUCAAAGAGGGGUUCUAUCUGGGGAAAGACCUCCCCGCCACACACCCCUCCGUGGUCGCGGGGAAGUUCUCGCAGGGUCCGAAUCCGUAUCCGGGUGAGAUUCGCGCCCCAGGGGAGUUUCGUCGUGUUGUGGAUGAGUAUCAUGGGUUGAUGUGUGAGUUGGCGGGGCGGCUUAUGAGAGCAGUGGCGAUGACGGUGGGGAUGGAGGAGGAUUCAGUCGAGGCGUUUUGUGAGGAGCCGGUGGCGAUUUUGAGGUUGUUGAGGUAUCCGCCGCAAGCACGGGAGGAGGCAGAGGGGGUUCAGCGAGGGAUCGGCGCACACACCGACUUCGGAGCCAUCACGAUCCUGCUUCAAGACGACAAAGGAGGCCUACAGGUCUGGGAUGGCGAGGCGUCAGAAUGGGCGGAUGUAGUGCCCACGCCGGGCGCGCUGGUUGUGAAUCUAGGAAACAUGAUGAUGCGGUGGACGAACGAUCGCUACUUGUCCAACCUGCACCGAGUGAUCAACUACAGCGGAGAAGACCGGUGUAGUGUCCCGUUCUUCUUCUCGGGCAACCCAGACUACGUGGUCGAUUGUCUCCCGAGCUGUCGGGAUGACGGACAGGCCAAGUACCCGCCCAUUACGGUGGCCGAGUGGAUGGGGGCGCGAUAUGCGGACACCUACGGCAGCUCGAAGAAGGGGAUGGCGGAGUUGUCGCGGGAGGCGGCGGCGGCAAUCGGGGCGUCUUAGUUCGGUGGUCUUGGACUGUGGUUCGGCAUGGAGAAAGUCGGGGAAAAGGAUAGUACGGGGGUGGAUCGCUCACAUGUGAAGGUGGAUUUGACCGUACGGAGAAUCAUAGGAAAGAAAUAAGAUCGCAUCUGUGCCAUCAGCACUGUCCAGAUGGUCUACUUUUAG